AUGGGUGCUGUGACAAAACCGCACAUGGUGAUCGGCAUCGACCUGGGUAUGACAUGCACUGGUGUAUCGUACACGAAUCUUUCUAUCGGUAGUGAGACUGUUCGCUGGGUUCGAAGAUGGCCAGGUCGCUUCCAGGCCAACGAGAAUAAGGUGCCUACAGUUGUGGUCUAUCCCAUAGGUAGCGAUGAACCAUCAUCAUGGGGUUUCCUAUCAGAGACCACCGCAGAGACUACAUCCGAGGACAAGGAAUACAAAGAGUGGUUUAAAACAUGCCUCGAUGCAGAUAAGCUACGGCAGAAGCAGUUCGAGGAUCCUAAAGGCGCGCCCACGAACCUGCAGGACGUUGAACAAUGGUACCGUGACUACCUCCGCAAGAUGAUUGAAUUCAUCAUCAGCGUGCCAACGACUUGGGCUCCAAUACCGACAGUGGAGAACUUCAAGCGCCUUGUGUGCGAGGCGGGCUUCGGCUCCCAAAUACAACACAGUGUCAACAUUGGGCUUACUGAAGCCGAAGCUGUUGCUGUGCAUGUAUCAAUCGAGGCACCUGGCAUUUUCCAUGAGAACGAUAUACUGCUAGUCUGCGAUGCAGGAGGCGGAACCACAGACUUGAGUGUUCUCCGCGUGACUGGAACAGUUAACCAAGUCAUCAAUCUGCAACAGCUUGACGUCGUUUUUGGCGAGACGAUUGGAAGCGCGGCGAUCGACUACGAGUUUGAGCAGCUUGUUACGCAACGCUUGAUAGCCGCUCACGAGAGAGCACCCGCUACCAACGAUACGCCUAUCUUUAGUAUCGCUAUUCCACAAGUGCCAUACUCUUACAACAAUUGUUCACCCAAGGCUCGGGUUCGCAAUGGAGAACUUAUGUUCGACCGGCACGACCUACAGCGUUUGUUCGACAAGCAGAUUGCGAAGCUCUUCAAGCUCAUCGACGCUCAACUCGAGACACUACAGCAGAAAUUCUCUAACGAGCGAGUCGCGCAUCUUGUCCUGUCAGGCGGACUCGGUAACAGCGCAUACGUGCAAGCCCAACUCCGGAAGCACUACCGAGACACGGCCAUCCCGAAUGCGAAGUCGCUCUCAAUUCGCAUAGCGCCAGACCCCCAGCUUGCUGUUUGCAAAGGUCUCGUUGCCGAUCGUGUGCGCAAGCUGCUCACCUUGCAUUCAGUACUUGGCUGGCGCUGUUGUCGAGCUUCUUAUGGCACGGCUUGCAAGAUCGCCUACGAUAAGCGUAACCCAGACCAUCUAGGCAAAAAACUCGUGAAGGAUACUCUCAAGGGACGAAUGUAUGUCACACAAGCAAUCGCCUGGUUCGUGAAAAAAGGCGAGCCUGUUAGCGUCGACAGCCCAAUCGUACACCGCUUCUUGAAGAAUGUCAGUGCAGGAGAUCCUAGACGAGCGUUCCCAACGAGCGUCAUCACGAGCGUCAUCCCGAGCGAUUUGGAAGCCUCUCAGCUAACAGAGCAGAUGAAUGACCGCAAGUACACCAUGAAAAAUCUUCAAACUGCUGAUGAGAACAAAUUUGUCGCCAAAAACUCACACUUCUGGUCCCUGAAGAAACAGUACCUCCGCAUCGAGUAUGAGAUCCGCUUCAUUAUCGGGCCCGCAGAUAUCCGCUUCGAGCUGUGGUUCGACGAUCAGAAGCUCAGCCGCGACGAAGCCAUCUCCGUCGAAUGGACACCUGCAGCACCGCCUUCGUCGGAGAACUUCGAACCUGCAACAUACGGACGAGUGGAGUUGCCGGAUACUCUACUUACGAGCAUGAGUGGUGACCUGGAGAAAGGAAGUAUCGAUAGUCAUCUGAACGGGAAGAUUGAGAGGACAGGCACGAACAUUUUAAGGAAGGACAGGGUCAACAGCAGCGAGGAAAAGAAGAAGCGGAACAUAAGUGGGCUCCUGGGUAGAACGAGAGGUGAGAAGUGGUCGAUCUCUACAUAA